AUUUUGAAAAUAGUUCACCUUGUUAAACGCUAACGUUAACGCGGUCUUAUAAAAUGUUAAUACUAAUAAUUUGAAACCUUUUACUUUGAGAGACAGUGGCAGCGGCGGUACUCUCAAAUUGAUCCUCUCAGUCUGAGGAAGGAAGACGGUGCGUUCGUAAAAAGUGAAAAAGAAAUGGCAGAACUGAGUUUGGGAAUUCUAAUUGAUAUUGUUGAUGAGGAAUGGAUGAGAGACACUCUCCCUGAUGAUGAUCUUCCACUGCCCCCAACACUGGUUGUAAGGACAGAUGAUACUGAGGACUCAAAUCAGGAGACGCAACAAGUUAAUCUGGAUGCUUGGCACGAUCUUGCCUUUGGUCAAGAAUAGAAGUUUCAUCAUUAACCAGUGUUGUGUUUUGUACUUAGUGAGUAGAUGGUCCCUGUUAUUUGGACUUGGCAUCUUCCUUUCUAUUUCCCCGAUAGAUUGUAACUUAUCAACUACUAGUACCUGUUAAGGUUAUAUUAAGGAAUUGUGGUGUCAUUGCUGAAUGUUAAUGUUUGCUGUGCCUGUCAGGAAAGCACUUUUGUAUUUUUGCUUCAAGGUUGAAGUAAGUUUAGGGCAACCAGUGCCUACUGGUAUGCUCUGGAGUCUGACACCUGUAUUAAGUUAUGUUAAAGUAAUAUUAAUAUGUUUAAUAAUAAUACAUAGUUUCUCAAAA